AUGUUUGCUAGCGCAGCAGAAGAGGCCCAAAGCCGGCUCCAUGUUGAGAUCAUUCCCGGAACCGAGAUUCUCACGGAUCUUGAAGACACACAUUUCAUUCGUGGUGGCCGACAAGGUGUUGUGCUUGUGCCACAGCCAACCUCAGACCCGCAUGAUCCUCUGAAUUGGAGUCCUUUCUGGAAGUAUGUCACGCUGCUCAACUGUUCACUAUAUAUGUUCCUCGGUAACUUUACCGCCUUGUCUAUCGCUCCGUUGACACCCAUCUACCUGGAAUACUUUGACACGACCCUGGCAAGAGUCGGGCUUCUGACUGGCGUUUGCGUCUUGACGCUUGGAUAUGCCAACUUCAUCCUGAUCCCAUUGGUUCGACUUUUUGGGCGUCGACCAGUGGCACUUGCUUGUAGUGCUCUUUUUCUCGGCUCAAAUGUGUGGCAAGCUCUCGCGACAUCAUACUCCUCCUUAAUGGGAGGUCGUGCCCUUAUCGGUAUUGCCGCCGCAACGAGCGAAAGCCUGAUGCCUGUCGUCAUUGCAGACCUUUUGUUUCUUCACGAGCGGGGCACUUGGAUGGGAAUCUACUUUUGGUCCUUUUUCAUGGGCGCCUGGGCAGGUCCCAUUGUCUCGGGGAAUAUUGCCGCAAAUCCGAACCUGGGCUGGAGGUGGUUCUUCUGGGUAUCAGCUAUAGCCCAAGGAGUGUUACUGAUUUCCAUGUACUUCUUCUUUCCUGAAACCAAGUACACAAGAGAGCCUUCAAUUGCCCACUAUCAGCACCACGAUGCAGAUAUUACAAGCCAAGGAGAGACAAGGACUGAUGAAAAGGAAAGUUCCGUCGGGACAGAAGAACACGUCGGGCCAACAGAGUUGUCCCCUGCGAUGGCACAUGUCUUUGGCCAGGGAUGGCCAAAUCAUACUCAAAGACUGGCAUUCAACCUUCGCCCUGACAGAGCCGAGUUGAAAUUCCUUCCUCGUGAUCUCAUUACCCCGAUUCAACUGGCUACAUAUCCAAUUGUUAUCUUCGGCUCAUGCUGUCUUGGUUUCGGCGCCAACUGUCUUCUAGUCCUAAACCUUCUCGAGUCACCUGGCUUUUCAGCUGAACCCUACUUCUUUAGUCCAUCAGCAGUCGGAUUUGUCAACUUUGCAUUGAUGGGAGGUGGUAUCUUCGGUCUCCUAACUGCAGGUCCCUUCUCGGAUUGGGUUUCAAUGAAACUUACCAUUCGGAACAACGGUAUCCGUGAGCCGGAGAUGAGACUCCCCGCUUUGAUCCCAUUCUGCAUCGUCGGCUUCGUCGGGCUCUUGGUGGCAGGUCUAGGCUGGCAAAAUAAGUGGCAAUGGCCUGUGAUUGUCGUGGUUGGUUUCGGGUUGAGCGGUGUGCUAGUCAUGGCAAUUCCCACAAUCGGACUAACCUAUGCGAUUGACAGCUACAAGCCAGUAGCAGGGCAGAUCGCAGUCGUGGGAACAGUGGUCAAAAAUACAUUUGGCUUUGGUAUGACAUAUUUCAUCAAUGACAUGGCAGAGCAGCAUGGCUAUUUGGUGCCAGUAAUGCUGUUGGCUGCGCUUGGUGUGGGCAUUCCAAUAUUGGGCGGGGUUCUGCUUUGGUUUUUCGGCAAAUCUUGCAGGCGCAGCACCAGGGACUCAAAAGUACACCAAUUUUAA